CGUUACUCGGGAGCUCGUCGGAAUACCAAAACUGCCCCUGUAACUAGAAGAAUCUUCCCUCCUGGUUCGAUUCGAUCCACAGUGCCAUACUGCUCCUGAACAACGAGCGCGUCCAUUUAAGUCCAGAUGCGUGCCUGACAAGCCAGUCUCUCUUCCUCCUCCUCCUCCCUCUCAUCUCCUCCUGAAAACCCUAGAUCUUCCACGAGCUCCCAUUUCUACACUCGAAUUGUCGAUAUCUGCAUAAAUUCAAUCUCGCAAUCGCCAUUGCGGUCGGUUCAGAUCUGGUGAAUUCACCUCCGAACCGACGGUUUAUUGGCGCUGCAUUCUCGUCUUUCAAUGAGGAAAUCUCCGGAUUCCUGCUUGUUUCUUACUGGAUCUUCGGCUGAGUCUCGUCUCUGAAACUUUUAAUGCAGAUCAGUUAAUGAAACAGCCGGAUUUUUCGGAUUAUCUUGAGUUUGGUUUUAAUUAUUGUAGCUUUAGUUUAAUUUGAGUAAUUUAUUGCGGUGAUCGGUAAUUAUAAUUGUUUAAGGAGGCUUAGAUUGUACUGUACUGUAGGUCGGAGGUGCUGUUUCUUGGUUUCCUUGAAGGUUAAGUUGUGUUGUUACGGUAUAAUUCGCAGACGGCUGUGUUUGUAAAUAGUUUGAUCUUUGUUGGUUUAUGUACGGAUUCUGUUAUAUUGUUGAUCUGGUGAUCAUCGAAUACUGUGCUGGUUUUUAGCUGAUUGUGUAUAGGAGUGGAUAGAUCUAAAAUUUGAACUGUUUGAGUAUGUUUUGAUGGGAUCAAGAUAGUAGAAUUUCAUGGCAAUGCCAUCGGGAAAUGUGGUGAUCUCAGAUAAAAUGCAGUUUCCGAGCGGCGGUGGUGGUGCUGGCAGCGGUGAGGUGCACCACCGACAGUGGUUCCCGGACGAGCGCGAUGGGUUUAUCUCGUGGUUAAGAGGGGAAUUUGCAGCUGCGAAUGCCAUUAUUGAUUCUCUAUGCCAUCAUCUGAGGUCUAUCGGCGAGCCGAGAGAGUAUGAUGUUGUUAUUAGUUGCAUCCAGCAGCGGCGGUGUAACUGGAAUCCAGUGCUUCAUAUGCAACAGUACUUCUCGAUCGCUGAAGUCAUGUACGCAUUACAACAGGUGGCAUGGAGGAAACAACAGCGACAUUUCGAUCAAAUGAAAAUCACGGAGAAGGAUUUUAAGAAAAAUGGUCCACAGGGUAUUGGAUCCAGACAGGGGCAUAGGGCUGAGAAUGUAAAGGAAAAUCAUAAAUCGAAUUCGGAGACCCAUUAUCUUGAUGCUAACACUUCUCCUCAACCAGUCAAUAUGGAGUCAGAGAAAACCGAAGAAGAACCAGAAAAAGGUGAAGCAGUGAAGCAGGGGGCGAAGGUUGAAAGAUCAGAUGAUAAAGGAUCUGCUCUUGGUGAGGAGAGAGAAGGAGGGGAUAGUGUUGAAAAAUCUCAUUCUGGUAGCGGCUUAAAGAAUUCAGAAAAUCCAGAAAGAAGUGAACAUGAGAACUUGGAAAUUGAGGUAGUGGAUGAUGGAUGUAUCUCGAAAGGUACUUCUAAUGCCCUUCAAAAGGGUGCUACAGAUACCAUCCAGGUUCCCAUUCCCAAAACUUUUGUGGGUACUGAGAUAUUUGAUGGAAAUGUGGUUAAUGUUGUUGAGGGGCUAAAAUUGUAUGAAGACCUUUUUGAUGGAUCAGAGAUUUCAAAGCUUUUGUUAUUAGUCAAUGAGUUGAGGACUGCCGGGCGAAAAGGACAGUUUCAAGGACAGACAUUUGUGGUCUUGAAGAGACCAAUGAAAGGGCAUGGAAGAGAAAUGAUUCAAUUGGGUCUCCCCAUUGCUGAUGCACCUCCAGAAGAUGAAAGUACGGCUGGGUCCUCCAAAGAUAAGAAGAUGGAACCCAUCCCUGGGUUGCUUCAAGAUGUUAUAGAUAACCUGGUUCACUUGCAAGUUAUGACUACAAAAGCAGAUUCUUGCAUUAUUGAUUUCUUUAACGAGGGGGAUCACUCGCAACCUCACACAUUUCCACCUUGGUUUGGAAGGCCUGUUUCUGUUCUGUUCUUAACAGAAUGCAACAUGACUUUCGGCAGAGUAAUUGGAGUGGACCACCCUGGGGAUUACAGAGGCUCUCUCAACCUUUCCCUUGCAGCAGGAUCUGUGCUAACGAUGCAAGGUAAAAGUGCGGAUUUUGCCAAGCAUGCAAUCCCUUCCAUCCGAAAGCAGCGCAUACUUGUAACCUUCACAAAGUCACAACCAAAGAAAAGCACGUCCAAUGAAAGCUUGCGUGCACCGUCAACCGCAGGACCACCCUCUCCCUGGGGCCCACCACCUAGUAGGCCAUUGGGUCAUCAUGUUCGGCAUCCUGCGGGUCCUAAGCAUUAUGGAGCAGUCCCCACAACCGGAGUAUUGCCAGCACCACCCAUCCGUGCUCAACACCUACCCCCUCCCAAUGGUAUGCAGCCACUGUUUGUGACUGCUCCAGUGGCAGCACCGGUGCCUUAUCCAACAGCACCAGUUCCACUCCCACCAGCAUCAGCGGGAUGGCCAGCCGUUCCUCCACCGAGGCAUCCUCCACCUCGACUCCCUGUUCCUGGCACUGGAGUUUUCCUUCCUCCCCCAGGUUCUGGCCCUUCUCCACCCCCACAAGCACAACAGCCAGCAACUGCAACUGAAUCCAGCAUUGCAGUGGAGACACCAACCCAGGUAGAGAAUGAAAACGGGUUGGAGAAGUCCAAUGGCAACAGCAAUGCCUCACCCAAAAGCAAAUUAGAUGGAAAAGGCCCAAGGCAGGAAUGUAAUGGUAACAUUAGUAGUAAUAGUGGUGCAAGGGUGGUGGGAAAGGAAGAGCAUCAACAGAGCGCUAACAUUAAGAAGAAAGUGGCAAGCAAGCCGACAGGAACAGUAAAGUAGAGAGAGAGAGAGAGAGAGAGAGAGAGAGGGGCUCUGUAUUCUUUAAAAAGAAAAGGCACUUGCAGAGAGAAAGGAGUGGGCUGCAAACUGCAAGAUGAGUUUGGGGCCAAAAUGUAAAGAGCGGCGAAAAAGGGGAUUGACUUUUGAUUGAAGACAUUUUACUUGGAGUAAAGGGUAAGAGGGCAGUUCUCUGGAUUCCCACUUUUUCUGUUUUCUAAUUUUCUUCUUUUUUGUUACCUUUUCUUUUUAUUGAAUUGAUAGCACUUGUCUACUUGUUACAUGAACUCUUACUCUUAUCCGAGGUGACUGGUGAGCAGUCUCUUUUCCCCUCUC